AAGCGUUAGCUAAAUAAUCCGAGCAGCAUGUCUGGAAGAGAAGGAGGUAAAAAGAAGCCCCUCAAGGCUCCCAGGAAGCAGUCGAAGGAGAUUGACGAUGAGGAUAUGGCUUACAAACAGAAACAAAAAGAGGACCAGAAAGCAAUGGAACAAUUGAAAGCCAAGGCUGCAGGGAAAGGACCUUUAACUGGAGGUGGAAUCAAGAAAUCUGGGAAGAAGUGAAUGUGGUUCAGUGUGUUAUUUGCUUGAGUUCAAACCACCAACUCAUGAUUUGGGUCCACAAUGGCAACGUCAAAUGUAUUUCUUUUUUUUUUUUAG